ACGUUUCCAGUCCAAGUGAGUGGGGUUGGGGGGAGUCGGGAAAGAAAACUGGAUGCCAUCUGAUUGGUGAGGCAGGGAAAAUAGGUGUGCUUAUGUAACGUGGGGUGCCCUGAAACUAAAGAAGUGACACUCAGUCUGAGGAGCUUUUCAAAGGCCUUUUCACUGGCUUCUUUCUCUUCCCUGGCUGUCUGGUGAAACUAAAGGAAUACUGGCUCUGGAGGGAGAAUAUGGCAGCAAAUUCAGAAGCAAACAGUGACACAGAGAUUGCAGAGUGCACUGUAGCCCCAGUUGCAAUGGAGGACAGUGACCAUGAGGCUCACUCUUCGUCAGACGAGCAGGACUCCUGCCCUUCCUCCCCUAAUCACAGCAGGGAGCAUAAUGAUGAACAGCACUCAAGCCAUUCAGACGACUCAGAGGUGGAGAACAUUAUGCAAGACCCUCACCACCAAGGAGGGCACAGCCACCACCACCACCACCAUGACCAUGACCACAAGCACCACCCCCACCCCCACGACCCUGAGCCUCAUGAAGCAGACAGGGGAGCUGAGGGCGAAGACCGCCCCCACACCCCGUCAUAUUUGCGUCCUCCCGUGGCGGGCAGGGCGCAGUCGGAUUCAGGUUCAGAGCCCAGUUUACCGCAGAGCAGAAGUGUGGAGUUUGACUUGCCGUGCCCUGUCAGUCCCACCAGGCCCAGGAGUCCCUGGGGUCGGUUUGACCCAUACAGCAAUAAUGAGGACCAGGACAAGGAAUACGUGGGUUUUGCGACACUGCCAAACCAGGUGCACCGCAAGUCAGUGAAGAAGGGAUUUGACUUCACGCUCAUGGUAGCAGGCGAGUCUGGCCUGGGAAAGUCCACCCUGGUCAACAGCCUCUUUCUCACAGAUCUUUACAAAGAUAGGAAGCUGCUCAAUGCUGAAGAGCGAAUCACACAAACAGUAGAAAUCACCAAACACACAGUGGAUAUAGAAGAGAAAGGUGUCAAACUGAAGCUCACCAUCGUGGACACCCCUGGGUUUGGGGAUGCUGUAAACAACACUGAAUGCUGGAAGUCAGUGGCUGACUACAUCGACCAGCAGUUUGAGCAGUACUUCAGGGACGAGAGUGGCCUCAACCGCAAGAACAUCCAGGACAACCGUGUACACUGCUGCCUCUAUUUCAUCUCACCCUUUGGCCAUGGCCUCCGGCCUUUGGACGUGGAAUUUAUGAAAGCUCUUCACGAGAAGGUUAACAUCGUCCCCAUCUUGGCCAAAGCAGACACACUCACCCCCAGUGAGGUCAAGAAAAAGAAAAUCAAGAUCCGAGAGGAGAUUGAGCAGUACGGUAUCAAAAUAUACCAGUUCCCCGACUGUGACUCAGAUGAAGAUGAGGACUUUAAGCAGCAGGACCUUCAGCUGAAGGAAAGCAUUCCCUUUGCAGUGAUCGGCAGCAACACGGUGGUGGAGGCCAAAGGGAAGAGGGUGCGAGGCCGUCUGUACCCCUGGGGCAUCGUAGAGGUGGAGAACUCUGCACACUGUGACUUCGUGAAGCUGAGGAACAUGCUCGUUCGCACACAUAUGCAAGACCUGAAGGACGUGACCCGGGAGACUCACUACGAGAACUACAGAGCCCACUGCAUCCAGAGCAUGACCCGCAUGGUUGUGAAGGAACGCAACCGCAAGUAUGCUAACACUGAAGCAAGCAGUAAACUAACCAGGGAGAGCGGCACAGACUUCCCCAUCCCCGCCGUGCCCGGAGUGUCAGACGCCGAGACAGAAAAGCUCAUCCGAGAGAAAGACGAGGAGUUGCGGCGGAUGCAGGAGAUGCUGCAGAGGAUCCAGGAUCAAAUGCACACUCAGAAAGACGGCUAUUAACACAGGACAGCACCGUGUACAUGCAUCUCUGUAACGGGGAUAAACAAAAUUGAAAUAAAGAAACACCACCUAGGAAACCUUUACUCCUCUCUAGAACAUUGGCAUCCCGACGUGUCCACCCAACCACCGCUCAACCUCAUCAACAGCACGUUACACUUGGAUCAGGGACCUGCGCGGAGGUGGUAAGAUGUUCUGACAUUUGCAGCUUCCCUUUAUCCUUUCUGACAUUAUGGCACCACUGCUGCGACACACUCGACCCUCCACUUUACUGUCUUCUGUUCUGUCGUAACUUUGAUUAAAAAAAGAUGUGUUUGAAUGAGCUGUCAUGGUAAGAAGGGUGGAAUCGCAGCAAUCUGAUUUCUCCAAAUAUCUGAACUUUAUGUAGCCACAUGAUCACAGGGUUGUUUUAUUUUUUACAUGAGGUCUGAUAUGAGGUUUACAUGUGGUGACCUGCUCAGAUUUUUUUAAGCACACUUUUCUGGUGCAAGUGUUUAUUUUUAUUAUCUCUAUAGGUCAACAUGCAUACUGUAAUAAUUUAAUUUUCUAUAUUACACUCAUAAACCUUUGUUCUACUGUUUAUCAUAUUGUAUGUGUUCCUGGUUUUAAUUUAAACGACACUGCUUGACUUCAUGUACGGAUGAUUGUUUUAUAUAGAUUUCCUGUCAGCUGAGGUUACUGCAGGUUCAUUUGGUUUAAUCUUAAAGGGGAACUUCACCCAUUUUUAAAAUCAUACAUGUUAUUUCUGUGGUCUAAGACAGUCCAAAAUGGUAAACAUGAACAACUCUGUCCAGAAUCCAAACACAUAACUCAAAUUUGUGAUGUCAUCAAGUGUAAAGUCUGGAGCUGCUCUAUAGACAAUGAAUUGGGAGCUACGGCGUCCAGAUUUCUCCUUAGUCAUUAGUUCAAGGGCCACACAGUUUAAUACAUUCAGCAUCAUACAUAGUUUGCUGUCACUGUCAAGUAGCUGCCCGUUAGUCACUCUUUCUACAGCAGGAAACAGCACUUCAAAAUAAAAGCUCUGUGCCAGAAAUUCACUGUACUUCAAAACAAAGUGUGUUUUUUACAAACUUAACACGUUUGUGAGUCACUUGCAGCCCAUUCAUAAUGGACCUGCGACCCACUUUUGGACUGCAACCCACCAGUUGGGUACCACUGCUAUAGAAGACAGGGGGAGCAUAGUAUAGACUGAAUCACAAUAUCUGUUUUCCUAUCUUUGGGGUAGAAAACCAUUGUGCCACAUAUAUAAAACCAAACGGCACUAAGCAAACACUGCCUCACUUGGUUAGCUUCUAGCCACCUAAAAGAAAAUCUAUAUCAGUCAAGGUGUACGCAAUAUUUAGAGUCUUGUUACCGCUUGAACUUGCUGUCAGACAGCCAUUUCUGACGUCAAACUGAAGCCAUUAUCUCACAGACACUCCAUUAAAACAGUAAUCUUACUGUGCAGUUAGUGUGUAAGAUAAAGCAGUAAAAAUAUUCCAAAGUUAGCAUACAUUUAGCUGAUACUGAUAUUUUUGGUGGCUAAAAUAUAUGCUGCUGUGGCCCCUGUCCACAGCAGCAUAUUGCUUAGUUUCUGUGCCACGAAAGAUGCUAGCAAAGAAACACAGUACAUAAAAUAAGUACAGCAGAAACGUCAGAUAGGCCGGACCAACAUGUCAAACUAUAUAUCUUUAAACAUUACAGUUAGGGCUGAAAAUGACAACAGAGAUAUAAAAGUUUUCUGAUUUCACAUACCGUAAAACUUCAAUUAGUAGCCUGGGCUAUUAUAUAUUUUUUAUUUUAUUUUAUUAAAUUGCUGAACUCAACAGGCCUCUAUAUGAGACAGACUUUUAAUUCCUAUCACACAAAACUGCUGCACUGCAAAGAUAUGUCGAUGUUGAUGGAAACCAGUGUGAAUAUUACUUGGUUAAAAUUUUGGUUUCUGUAACAUAUCAGUUAUGAAGAAGUUACCACUUUAUUUGCGUCACUCUUGUCUUGUUUACCAGGCCGGUACAUUUGAAAGAAUUAUUCUCUGGUGCUCAUGGUUUCAGUAAAUUGAGCUGAACGAUUGAAUUGUAGAGAAUCUUACAAAGCUAGCGAUAUGUAGCAUCUUCAUAUUGAAAAAAGUUUAAACAUUUAUAUUUGUAUGCACGAUCUAAGUAGCUAAAUAACGUUAGCUUCAGCAGCUAGCAAACAACCUGGUUUUAUACACGCAAAGAAGUUUUAUAAAACAUGGCAACCAGACCAGGCUUCUAAUUGAGACAGGCCUUUAUUUGUCAAACUGUGUAGCCACGACAGGCUAGUAAAAGUGACUGGGGGUUUGAUUGGGACUAGGCUUUUAUUUGAAGUCUUACUGGAGCUCUGCAACUCAAAUCAGUUUCAAGUUGUCUACCCAGAAGUAAUGGUUGUUGUUGUUAGCAGGAUGAGGUGCUCAAGAUAUUUCGGUCUAUAUAGGUACAUUCUCUGUUUCAGACCUUGUUAUAAAAAAGUAAACAAACAUUCUGUGGGUCCACAAAAUCAGUCUCCUAUUCAUGUCUGUGGAGCAGCUCCUGUAUACUUGAUUACAUCACAGUCUUAGACGUACUUAACACGUAAUAUUGAUUAAACUUUCCUAGACCACUGAAAUAACAUAUGGGAAUUCUGAAUAUAUGUGGUGUUCCCCUUUAAUGCGAGGGUUCAUUUAAAUUUUGUUUUACUAGUGUCUGCAUGUUUAUCGUACAGUAGUUGCCACCUCUGCUGCCUGACAGCAUGGAUGUUUGUGGCUCCGCUCAGUGUUGGCCAGUCUUAACUCACUGCAGUGCUUAUUGCCAUAUCAACAUUUAAAAUAAUCCAACUUUUUACAUAACAAAGGAGUCGUUAUUAUUUGGAGAAUCCCCCCAAAGUCAGUUUAUCUCAUGAAAAAAAACACCAACAGUUCUCAUGUGAGAGCUGGUGACACCUGUUACAUGUUAGAGAUGUUUCGGACUUUGAUAAGACAAGACCCUUGAUUUGCAUGAGGUGAGUGUCCGAGGGAAGGGUCGCAUCAAAGGCCAUGCAGUGUAUUUAUUUUUGCAUGUGUUGUGUGAAGGUUUCUCAGAUUGCAGAUCAGUUUAGUGAUCGUAAAGGUAUUUAUGGGCAAUGAAAAUAUGUAGCUACUUAAUUGUUUGGGGGAAAUAUGUUGACAAGAGGUGGAUUUUAUUUUUAAUGUUUUGGUUGGUUAUAAUUAUGUCCUCGGUUCAAGGGAACCCACAUGUUGGAUGUGUUAACCUUAACGUUUAUCUUGUAACCAAAGCCAACAAUGACAAACUUAAUUUUAUGAUUUUCCUUUUCAAAGUGUGAAUUUUGUUUUGUACUGACAUAAGGAAUAUAACUUAUCAAAGCCAAGAGUAAUGAACAAAAUUAUUGGAUGAACUUGAUUUUCUUGCUAAUUGUUUCUAUGUUCCAGACGUUAUUUUGGAAAUUGGAUGUCUCUGCCAUGUUGUGUGACCUUUGUUAUAUAAAAAGAACAUUCCUUGAGCUUCUGUCCCAGAGUCAGGUAUUACUUUUGUUUCUGAAUUUGUUUUAUAUUAAAUUUGUCUUUUGUUAUUCUACUUUUUGGAGUAUAUUUAUGUAAUAAAUUUAUAAAUGAAGUGUGGAUGGAGAAGACAAUAUGUACAAAUUCUAAUAUUGUAAUAAAAUAUGAAUAUAAUUUCAUGGCUCCAUCAGACACUGGGUUUUGCUUUUAUGUUGUAAAAAUGUAUGCAGAAUUGAAAGCUUUGUCUUAAUAAAUAUGUUUCCCACAUGAGAUUUUCCACCAUUAAACAAUGUAUUAAAGGUGACAUAGUUUACAGUAAAAUUAAGACUUGUGUUUACAGAGUUCUGAAUUUAGGACAGAUGCUUCUUUGAGGCCCAUGUGGCACCGGCCCCU